GUUGCAAGUAACGUCGACCUUUCAAGGACGAACAUCGACGACGGUUAGAACGCCAUACACGUCGGUGGACAGAGAAUGUCCAGCCUGCAGGGCUAUGUCGAUCGUCUUGUUCUCCUUGUUCUUCAGGAUGGACGCGCUAUAGUUGGAACGAUGGUUGGCUUUGACCAGAAGUCUAACGUUGUCCUAUCCGACUCAAAAGAGCGCGUAUACAGCGCUGACGAGGGCGUGGAGGAGAUCCCUUUGGGCCUUUAUUUAGUCAAGGGUGACCAGAUCAUUCUGAUAGGCGAGCUUGACGAAGAAAAAGACCGUUCAGUCGACCUAUCUACCAUUCGCGCCGAUCCGAUCCCCCCCAUCCACUAUUAGGCCUGUGCAAUGGUUUUCUUAUUCCGCGAGGGGAACCCUAUGAGACAGCCCUCCUCUGGAAUUCGUGCAUCGGCCGUCUCUAGUCUAGUCGGUCUUCGCCUCUCAUCGUCCUGCCCGGUCCGUGCGGUCUUAUGUUACACCAUACCAGGAUAUGGGAGGCAUGUCCGAAUGAAUAUUAUAAGACUCCGGCGCUCACUGUUGUUGCUGGGGUCAUCGUCUUCCAAGUUGAACGGCUGCUUCCACUGGAGUAGAUGAGGCAUAUGGCGCGGGGCCACGUCGUCCUUGAUUAUUAUCUCAGAGGAACAGGAAUGUAAUACGACAUGGUCAGAAAUAGCUGAUCCAAUUCUCCGCAUGCGUGAGUCGAG